AAAAACAAAAAAAAAAAAACAACUUUGGGACAAAUGAGGUAUGGUGUACGCAAAUAUGACUUGUAAAUUUGAAGUUACAUCUCAAUUCCCUUACAUUCUAAACUGAUCUUUGUGAAGAUGAUACGUUAGAAAUUAUUCUUUGUGGUGAAGAUGGAAGUAAGUUAAAAAUUCAUUUAUUUUAUUUACAAUUUAAAUAUUAAAAUAGCCUGAUUUUUAGAUUUAAGCCUUUUUCUUACUUUAGAAAACAGUACAUACCACUCGACAACGGACAACCGCAGAUCGGAGAUCACCAGGAUCGAGUCACCUCCGCCUGCAACUCCACCGCCACCACAACUUCCGUCGGAGGCAGAGGUCACCAGUCACAAGUAACACGCACACUUCUCCACACUUUAACCCAAUUGAGCAAGUAUAUACAAAUCAAUCCCAGCUGAAUUCCUCACACGAAACCAAACUUGUGUAUCAUAUAUGUAUUGAUUGAUUGACAAGUACCACCCACCCAACCGGCACCGCCUACCGAAUCUCCGCCAAUGUCGGCGGCAAAACCCUUGUCACUAAUCCCACUUUCUUCCACUUCAAUCUGCACUCUCCAAGGCUCCCUCCUCACCCUCGCCCUCCUCACCCUUCUCUCCUUCACUUGUCUCUCUCUCAAAUCCUUUAAUUCUCCUUCUCUUCCCUCUACUACCCCUCCCGCCGGACCCAUUAUCGAAUACCCUCAGGUAUUACGCUUUUUUCCUUUCAAUUUCUCCCUCCAUGGCAUUGAUGAUUGAAUCGAGACAGCGUUUUAAUCAUUGUAUUCCUUUUGAUGUUUUUACUAGGAAGUUGUUAUAAGAACAGAAGAUCCAGUUGGGCAGGAAAAUGAGCGGCAAAUUCUGCACUCCGAUGAUGUGUUUCAUUCCCCGGAGGUGUUCAGGUUGAAUUAUGCCGAAAUGGAGAGGAGGUUUAAGGUGUAUAUAUAUCCAGAUGGUGAUCCCAAAACGUUUUAUCAGACGCCGAGAAAGCUGACGGGGAAGUAUGCCAGUGAGGGCUAUUUUUUCCAGAACAUUAGGGAGAGUCAAUUUGUAACUGAUGAUCCCGAUCAAGCCCACUUGUUCUUCAUCCCCAUCUCCUGUCAUAAGAUGAGAGGAAAGGGUAUAUCUUAUGGAAACAUGACCAUUAUUGUUGAGAACUACGUUCAGGGUUUGUUACAGAAGUAUCCUUACUGGAAUAGAACCCUUGGUGCAGAUCAUUUCUUUGUCACUUGUCAUGAUGUUGGAGUGAGGGCUACUGAAGGCCUUCCUUUCCUUGUGAAGAACUCAAUCCGCGCAGUCUGCUCUCCAAGCUAUGAUGUAGGAUUUAUUCCGCACAAGGAUGUUGCUCUUCCCCAAGUGCUGCAGCCUUUUGCUCUUCCACGUGGAGGAAAUGAUGUAGAAAACAGGACAAUUUUGGGAUAUUGGGCUGGUCAUAGGAACUCUAAAAUUAGGGUCAUUUUGGCACGAGAAUGGGAGAACGACACCGAACUUUAUGUUAUGAACAACAGAAUAAACAGAGCUACUGGAGCCUUAGUUUAUCAGAAGAAUUUCUACAAAACCAAAUUCUGCAUAUGCCCUGGUGGCUCCCAGGUCAAUAGUGCUCGGAUAGCUGAUUCCAUACAUUAUGGAUGUAUUCCUGUGAUACUCUCGGAUUAUUAUGACUUGCCAUUCAAUGACAUCCUUAACUGGAAGAAAUUUGCUGUCGUUCUCAAGGAGAAAGAUGUUUAUCAGCUAAAGCAAAUCCUCAAAAAUAUAACACAAGACGACUUUGUUGCUUUGCACAAGAACUUAGUGAAGAUCCAGGAGCAUUUUCAAUGGAACUCACCGCCUCAAAAGUAUGAUGCCUUUCAUAUGGUAAUGUAUGAACUCUGGUUACGCCAUCACGUGAUCAAGUACUGAGCAUUCUGAACAAGGAUAUAUAUACAUUCAGCGUAGUCACAGUCUAAGUGGGUUUGAAGAUCGCUGGAGGAGCCAAGUCUUAAACAUAUAUAGAGUAGAGUUAUAUUUGUUGUAUGCUAGUUCUAACUUGAGGGAUGAGAGGGAUGAAAUGUGGAAAAUAGAUUACAUGUAUCAUGUACUACUAGCUGUGAAACUUCACUUGGGGGGUACAAGUCGGUGGGGGGUACGAAUACGAUGACUUGGUUAAUGUCAUUCAUUUCGCUUCUAUUGUUUUCAUUCAUUUUUUUGGGUGGUGGUUUUCUUCUUCUUUGUCAAAACUUUUGUUGAAGUUAAUAUCUGCCCAAGAAAAAUACUACUACUACUAAUUCUUGUUGAAAUUGGUGUUUGUGUACACUUAUGUGUUGCAGUAAGUAAUGGUUUUUAUUAUUGGUGCUGCUCCCUCUGAAGACGGUACUGGAAUGG